CGCCCCCGGCCGACGUGCAGAACCUUCUUCUCCCGCACCCCGCCUACGAAACGAAUCAAGAAGCCGAGCGAUGGAGGUCUCCGGCGCCAUCCUCCGGCGUUCCCCUUCCGUCUCGGGCGCCCGGGCCCUUCGUGAUUCCGGCAGCAGUGCCCCCGCCGGUCCGUCGACCGCGGGAUUCGGGAGGAGAAUGAGGGUUUCGGCUUCGCCUUGUGGGGUCCCAAGCGGCGGAGGGAGGGGAGCGUUUUCCGGCGCGGGACACCUCAAGUACUACGCGUCGCCAGUGCGGUGCGGCGAGGGGAGGAGAAAGGAGGAGAAGAAGAGGGCGAAGCUGGUGAAGGGGUUGUCUAAGGAUCUGGCCGCUUUUUGCACGCUGGGGAUCGGUGCCGACCCCGGCGAAGGCCUUGCCAGAGAAGUCAAGGGGAAGAUGAUCUCGGAGGCAGCAGAGCGUUUGCUGGCAGAGCUGAAUCAGCUGAGAGCCCGAGAGAAGGAGACGAAGAGAAAGCGAAGAGAAGCGAAGGCCGCCAGGAGGAAGGGCUACGAAUCCUGCAACGCCGAGGAGGUCGUCAGAAUCAGCAAACCAACAUCAAUUGCAGCACCCGAGUGCAAACCGCAGACUCCUGUGUCAGAAUGUUGCAGCAGGGGUGGAACAGCGGUGGUGGAGAAGCCUAUGAACAAGAUCGAAGUGUGCAUGGGAGGGAAGUGCAUAAGAUCUGGUGCACCGGCGCUGAUGGAGGAGCUCAACAAGAAGAUCGGCUUGGAAGGAGCGGUGGUUGGGUGCAAGUGCAUGGGCAAGUGCAGGGAUGGGCCGAACCUUCGAGUCUUGGAUCGCAGCAGCACUAAUGCGAGCACGAAUCCUUUGUGCAUCGGCGUCGGGUUCGAUGAUGUCGCCACCAUCGUGGCGAACUUCUUUGGGAAGAAGCAUGAAGGCCUUAUAGCCGCGUAAUGUUGACCAUGUCACGUAUGUAGCGUUUGCAUCUAUUUAGUGAGAUAAUGCCAUCUAUUGUUUUUCA